CGCGCCCCUGAGGGGAUGGUGUGUUUUGUUUUGAUUUUUUUACCUCAUUUCCGCCGCUGGUGGGAUUCGAACCCGGCCAGCCUGCGGGCGCGUGACGUCAGCCAGCCGCAGCGUUCUUAUUGGGCGCAGGAAGUUUGUCCCCAUGGUGCCGCCGUCGUCGCGGCUGCUACUGCUGCUGCUUCUUCGCGAGAGGGCGGGGCAACAAGGGAGCGCGCUUUUUCCCCAGGAAGAGAGCGAGGCGCGCGGCUUCGGAGUUUGUCCACGCGGAGCCACCGUCGCUGCCGCCAUCGUGGGCGGGGCUCCCGAGGCUCCUCCCCCUUCGCUCAGCGCCAGAAGCGAAGAGGAAGCGGAAGAACAAGGAAGGAAGGCAGGUGGUCUCUCUCCGCCGCGAUGCUGGGCCUGUGGGGGGCCCCGCUGGAGAGCCUGCGGCUGCUGGUGGGGGGCCGCCCGCCGCUGGUGGUCUUCAUGCUGAGCCUGAGCGCCGUGGCCAUUGCCUUCCUCACCCUGGGAUACUUCUUCAAGAUCAAGGAGAUCAAGGCCCCCGAGAGGACCGAGGACUGGAACACCUUCCUGCUGCGCUUCAACGACCUGGACUUCUGUGUGUCGGAGAACGAGACCCUGAAGCACCCGGCCAACGAGAGCGGGGGACCCCCGGAGGGCGGCGGGGGCCCCCUCGGCCUGGGCGUGGCCGUGGGGGGGUCGCGCCCCUCGACCUCGUCCCCGCAGGCCCCGGAGGAGUCCGGCCCGGUCAACACCUCGGUGGGCAUCACCCUGACCCUCGACCCCCUGCGGCCCUUCGGGGGCUUCUCCCGGAACGUCACCCACCUCCACUCCUCCGUCUCCGGACACCAGGUCGGCCUCUCCGGCAGAGAAGCGCACGAGGAGAUCAACAUCACCUUUGCUCUUCCGUCCGCCUGGAACUCGGACGACUGCGUUCUGCACGGGCGCUGCGACCAGGCCGUCUUCUCCGUCUGCAUGACCCUCACGGCGGCCUCGGCCGUCUUCCCCGUCACCGUGCAGCCCCCGCACUGCGCGCCCGAGGGCUACGUCAACGCCUCGUCCUGGUACAAGGUCUUCACCACGGCCCGGGACUCGGAGGCCAAGGAGGCCCAGGACUACAACCCGCUCUGGUGCUACAAGGGCGCCGUCGGGAAGCUCUACCACGCCCUCAACCCCAAGCUCACCCUCGUCCUCCCCGACGACGACCGCUCCCUGCUCAACCUGCACCUGAUGCACACCAGCUACUUCCUCUUCGUGAUGGUCAUCACCAUGUUCUGCUACGCGGUCAUCAAGGGCCGGCCGGUCAAGCUGCGCCAGGGCGGAGGCGGCGGACCCGACUUCUGCCCCCCGGAAAAGACGGCCUUCUCUGACGCCUGACGGGACCGAGGCUGCACUUGCCGGGCAAACCGGACCCGAGCCCGUCCGUUCUGGACCCCUUUUGAUGUGGAGGAGGAGGAGGAGGAGGAGGAGGGGUCUGCCACCAAAGAGCUGCCAAGUGCCUGCCUGUCCGUCUGUCCGGCAGAGGAGGAGGAGGAGGCGCCGCCGGGCACUGCGGACAUGGGUGACUCCUGCCCGGCCCUCGGACACGGACGCCACUCCGCUCCCGGGAAGGGACUCCGGCCAGGACAGAUCUCUCCAUCCAUCCAUCCAACCUUCCUUCCUUCCUUCUUUUUGCCUGUCUUUCUAUCUAUCUACUUAUCAUUCCUUCCCUCCUUUCUUCCUCCUGUCCAUCCAUCCAUCCCUCUCUCUCUGUCUUGCUUAUCCUUCCUUCCUCCUAUCUAUCUAUCUAUCCAUCCUUCCAUUCUGUCCUCCUUCCUUUCUUCUAUCUAUCUGUCUGUCUCUGUCUAUCUAUCUAUCUAUCUAUCUAUCUAUCUAUCUAUCUAUCUAUCUAUCUAUCUACCUACCCACUUAUCCUUCCUCCCUCCUCUCCCUCCCUCUCCUUCCUUCCAUUAUUUCCGCCACCUUUCCUUCCUUUCACCUAUCCAUCCAUCCAUCCUGUCCUCCUUCCCUUUGUCUGUCCAUCCAUCCUCCCUCUGCUUUUCCUCCCUUCCUUCUAUCCUUUCUUCUUUCCUUCCACCCUUCCUUCCUUCCCUCCCUCCCUCUUUCCUCCCUUCCUUCCAUCCUUUCCAUCCAUCCAUCCAUCCAUCCAUCUAUCCAUCCAUCCAUCCUUCCUUCCUUCCUUCCUUCUAUCCAUCCUUCCUUCCUUUUUUCUUUCCUUCCUUCCUUCUAUCCUUCCUUCCUUCUAUCUAUCUAUCUUUCCUUCCUUCCUUCCCUCCUGCUCCUUUCUGGCCAAAGCAAACUGACCCUGUUUGACACUUCCUUUUGACGGACACUCGUCAGGACCGGGGGGGGGGGGGGGGUGUUUGGUGGAGGGGUGUUGUUUGCACUUGACUUGCCAGCGGGGGCUCUGGGCUGCAUCCCUCUCCCUCCCUCCUCCCUUCCCUUUUUCCUUCCUUCCUUCCUUCCUUCUGCCGCGACCUGGAGUGACCCCCGGCCUCUCUCUGACCCUUUGGACUGGGCCUGGACCCAAAACUUGUUUGGAUCAUAUUGAUCUCGCCCGCCCGCCCGUCACUCCUCCUCCGGACUCGGCCCCGCCCUCUCCUUGUCUCUCUCUGACUGACCAACUGACCGCUUGACCAACCCACCUGUGCGGAGAAUAAAUGUCUGUGACCAUC